AGCAGCGGAGAGCCGCGCGGGGCGCCGGGCGGGGGCCGUGCGCGGGGAUGGCGGGCUCGCCCGCCCCGGAGGAGCACGCCACCAUGGGGGUGCAGAUGUUCUCGGCCGGGGCGUCCGCCUGCCUGGCGGACAUCAUCACCUUCCCGCUGGACACCGCCAAAGUCCGCCUGCAGAUCCAAGGGGAGAGCCCCACGUCGAGCGGCAUCAAGUACAAGGGGGUGCUGGGCACCAUCCUCACGCUGGCCCGCACGGAGGGCGCCGGGAAGCUGUACAGCGGGCUGCCCGCGGGCAUCCAGCGCCAGAUCAGCUCCGCCUCGCUCCGCAUCGGCCUCUACGAGACCGCCCAGGAGUACUUCGCCGCCGAGACCGACAAGCCGCCGCACCUGGGGAACAAGAUCUUGGCGGGCUUGAUGACCAGCGGCGUGGCGGUGCUGGUGGGGCAGCCCACGGAGGUGGUGAAGGUCCGCAUGCAGGCGCAGAGCCACCUCCACGGGCUCAAGCCGCGCUACACGGGCACCUACAACGCCUACAGGAUCAUCGCCACCAAGGAGAGCCUGUCCACGCUUUGGAAAGGGACCACGCCGAACCUGCUGAGAAGUGUCAUCAUCAACUGCACGGAGCUCGUGACCUACGACCUGGUAAAGGAUUUCUUUGUGAGAAACAAAAUCCUAGCAGACGAUGUCCCCUGCCACUUACUGUCAGCGCUGGUGGCCGGCUUCUCCGCGACGCUCCUGUCCUCCCCCGCCGACGUGGUGAAAACCAGGUUCAUUAACUCCCCGCCGGGACAGUACAGGAGCGUGCCGAGCUGCGCCAUGACCAUGUUCACCAAGGAAGGGCCCACGGCCUUCUUCAAAGGAUUUGUGCCUUCCUUCCUGCGACUGGGAUCCUGGAACAUCAUUAUGUUUGUGACCUUCGAGAAGCUGAAACACGUGCUGAUGAAAUCCAGGCAGACUGUGGACUGCACCACCUAGAGCUGCCCGCGGCGCCCCGGUGAAAACCGCCCCACCAACCAAACCCCGGCACGC